AUGCAAUUAGAUAAUCUUAAGCUCGAGAACUCGGCUCUUCAAUCAUGCAUUGAAGACAACAAGUCAGCAAUUGAAGAUCUUCGUCGUGAUGUUGUUUCAGAAGAAGAUCUUCAUUCUCAACUUGAAAACGAACAAGAAGCUUCAUUUGCAGACAUUUCAGAACUUAAUGCCAAACUUGCCUCACUUCAAACCGACAAUAGCUUCCUUCCAGAAGUUUCCGACGAACAUUCUAAACUUUUAGCGGAUAUUUCAGCCAUUGAAUCAUCUAUUGCUGAUAAACGUUCACGAAACGAAGAGACUUCUAAACUUAACCAAGCACUUGAAGCCGAACUCGAAUCGAAGAAGAAACAACUUUCAUUCCUUCCAACCGUUGAAGACAAAUCAGCCUCUCUUGAAAACGAAAUCAAGAAAGUUGAUUCCGAGAUCAACACAAAGAACUCACAGAAUGCCGAGACCGAGAAGAAGAACAAGGAACUCGAAGAACAACUUGCCAAGAUCCAACAAGAUCUUGAUUCGAUUCCAUCUACUAAUGACAAUUCGCACUUCCUUCAGUCUCAAAUUGAUCAAAUAAUAAAUGAACAUAAUUCUCACAAUGACGAACCAGAAAAGGCCAACAAAGAAAUCCAACAAAAAGAUGCUGACAAACAACAAAACAAUAUUUCAACCGAGUCUGAUGAAAGCUCCAAACAAUUCUCUUCAGACGACUUGAAUCUAGACGGACUCCUAGAUGAUAUCGCGGGUGGAUAUCGAAGCGAUAGUUCCCUUAUAGAAUCCAACAAUGAAAUCGAAGAUGAUCAACAAUCAGUCAACGACGAACAUGAAAAGAUGAACCAUGUUUCUGAACUCAACAAGGACUUGCAUGAUUCUUUGCAGUUAGCACCAGUUAUUGGAGAACCAAGCUUUGUGGAAUUUGCUGAUAGUAUUGUUGGCAGAAUCGACAAGGAUCAUGAAGUUGAAGAAGAAGAGGAGGAGGAAGAAGAAGUCGAAGAGAAACAAGCUGCUGAUGUUCAGAAGCUUAAAUCUCACCGUGACACAGAUUCCGACGAUGACGGAGCUCCUCUUGGAAACCAGACAUCUCCAACUAAAUCAUCCGAUAAAUCAUCUCCAAAGGAACGCAGCGAUAACAUCGAUGAACUCAAGAAGGAACUCGCUGAAACAGAAAAGAAGGUUCAAGAGAAACGCGAUGCACUUGAUCCAACCUACGCAGCAAUGGUCUAUGCAUUGAAGACAGCAAUUGAAGCUAAAGAACAAGAACUUGAGAACCUUCAGAAUGGUGAAUCAGUUGAAGAAUUGAAGAAGAAACUUGCUGAUGUCGAGAAACAAAUUGAAGAACAGAAGAAUAAGUCAUCAGACAACAUUUCUCUUGAACAUCAACUCGCAGAGAAACAAGCUGAGUUAGAAAAUCUCCAAAAUACUCCAGACAAAUCUGAAGAAUUCAACCAGAAACUCAAAGAACUUGAGAAAGCAAUUAAUGAUAGAUUGAAACAGAACUCUGAAACAGAUGCCAAGAACAAACAGUUACAAGAUGCAGUUGACAACAAGAACAGAGAACUCGAAACAAUCACAGUUGUCCAGGAUAACUCUGAAGAACUCCAGAAGCAACUCAAUGACAUCAAAGACCAAAUUGAGAAACUUAAGAAUAAUAGCAAUGAGUUGACUGACAAAUUGAAUGAGCUUAAAUCUAACAUCGAUACAGAUAAAGGAGUUCUUGAUUCUCUCAAUGAUAAUGCAGAUGUUCUCAACGUUCAGAUCGAAGAAAAGAAUCAAGAAUACGAAAGACUUGAAGACAAGAUUCAAGAAUUGAUCGCUGAUAUCGCUACUAAAACCGAAAAAGUUGGAGAAAAGGAUGCUCAAGUUGAAGAGAAGAAGGCCCAAUUGGAUGAACUCAUCAAGGCGAUCGAAGAGAGAAAGAAUCAAUCAGAACAAAACAACGAAAACAAUGAUUCUCUCCAGCACCAGAUUGAUGAGAAACAGAGACAAUUAGAUGAACUCAUCAAGGCAAUCGAAGAGAGAAAGAAUCAAUCAGAACAAAACAAAGAAAACAAUGAUUCUCUCCAGCAACAAAUUGAUGAAAAGAAGGCACAAUUGGAUGAACUCAACAAGGCAAUCGAAGAAAGAAAGAAUCAAUCAGAACAAAACAACGAAAACAAUGAUUCUCUCCAGCAACAGAUUGAUGAGAAACAGAGACAAUUAGAUGAACUCAUCAAGGCAAUCGAAGAGAGAAAGAAUCAAUCAGAACAAAACAAAGAAAACAAUGAUUCUCUCCAGCAACAGAUUGAUGAGAAACAGAGACAAUUAGAAGCCAUCAAAAACAUCCCAGAUAACUCAGAAGAACUUAAGAAUCAACUCCAGAUUCUUGAGAAGGCCUUCAACGACAAGAUGGAACAAAACGCUGCCAAUAACAAACAGUUACAAGAUGCAAUUGACAGCAAGAAGAAAGAACUCGAAAAUACUCCAGAAGUUCAAGAUAACUCUGAAGAACUCAAGAAACAACUUGAUGACAUCAAUGAACAAAUCGAAAAACGUAAGAAUGAUAACAAAGAGUUGGAAGAUAAAUUGGAAGAACUCAGCAAGGCAAUUAACGAACAGAAAUUAGCUGACGAAGAAACAGCAAAGAAGAACGAAGAGUUAGAGAAACAAAUCAAAGACAAAGAAGCAGAAAAGAACAGUCUUGUUCCAGUUGAAGACAAGACAGAAGAAUUAGCAAGGAAAUUGGCAGAUCUCGAGAAACAAAUCGCAGAACAGUUAGAGAAACAAAACGAAACUGAUGGAAAGAACAAAGAUCUUGAACAACAAAUCAAGGAGAAACAAGAGAAAUUGGACGAACUCAAGAACAACUUCAUUGAAGAUACAAAAGAAAAAGAGAAUGAGAUCGAAGAACUUCUACAAGAACUCAACGAUCUCGACUCUAAGAUCAAUGAAAUACAAGAUCAAAUCAGUCAAUUCCAGGAAGAAUACGAAGAAAAGAAGGACCACAUUGUUUCAGAUAUCAAUACUAAAGAUCAACUUCUUCAGGAUCUCAUGGAAGAAAACCUCAAACAACUCAAGGAAACACCAGUUGUUGCAGAAGAACCAAUUGACAGUGAAGCUUUAGACAAGAUCAAUGAUCAAAUGGCCGACUUAAUCGAAAGAAUCAACAGUGGCGAUAUUGAUCCAUCAGAUCUUGUUGAAAAAGAGUCACAAAUGGAAGCAUUAAUCAACAACGCAAUUGUUGAUAACCAUGGCAAUAAAGAGUUGGUCAAACAACUUGAAGACAUGAGAAACAAGAUGGGAGAAAGAAUUGAUGACUACUUGAACGAAGCUGAGAAAGAAGAUCUCGAAGAAGAAGAAGAAACUAUUCCAGAACAGAAUUCUGUUGAAGAGAAACAAGAUACAAUCGAAGACCUUGAACAACAAUUAUCACAGAAACAGAAAGAUCUCGAAUCAAUAGAACCUGUUGAGUCUAAGAAGGAAGAAAUCCAGAACAAACUCAAUGAAAUCGAAAAGGAAAUCAAUGAUAAACAAGCAAAGAACGAAGAAAUCAAGAAUGAAAACGAUGCUCUCGAACAACAAUUAGCUGAAAAGAAGAAGGAACUCGAUUCCAUUCCAACAGUUGAAGACAAGACUUCAGACCUUGAAUCUCAACUCAAGGACAUUGAGUCUCAAAUCAACGAAAAGAGGGCUAAGAAUGAAGAAACAGAAAAGAUGAACAAGGAAUUCGAAGACAAAUUAGCAGAAAAGCAACAAGAACUUGAUUCAAUUGAAGAAAAGGCUGAAGAACAAACAACACCAGAAUCAGAAUCUAAGGAACAAGAGAAAGAAGAAUCUAAAGAUCUUAGUGAACUUGAAUCAAAGAUCCGUGAUCUUCUUGAACGCAUUGCUGCAGGAGAUAAAGAUCCAGAAACACUUGUUUCAGUUUCCGAAGACAUCUUAUCUACACUCAAUGACAAGAUUGCAACAAGUGAUAGUGAUGAUGAUAAGUUACGUUAUCAACAGGCAUCAGAGACAAUCAACAACGCUGUUGAACAAUAUCUUGCAUCAUUAGAAGAUGCUUACAACGAUGAGGAAGAAGAGCCAAUUCAAGAAGUUGAGACAAGAGACAUCAUUUUACCAGACGAAGCAGCAAAUGAAGGUGAAGAAGAGUCUCAACAAUCAGAAGAACUUGAAACAAAGACUGAUGAACUCAAGUCACAAAUUGCUGAUGUUGACCGUGAGAUUGCAGAACAAAAGUCAAAGAAUGACGAUCUCAUGAACAAAAUCAAUGAACUUCAACAGCAAUUGGCUGAGAAACAGAAUGUGCGUGAUUCACUUUCUGCCCAAACAGCUGAGUUAGAAGAACAACUUUCUAAGAUUGGCCACGAUUUAGAAGAAGAAAAGAAAGCAAUUUCCGAUCUUCAGUCUAAAGAAGCCGAACUCAAAUCCAUCCCACAAUCUGAAGACAAGAGUGAAGAACUCUCAGCUCGCAUCGAUGAAAUCAAGUCAGAGAUUGAUCAGAAGAAGUCAGAGAAUGAAGCUAUUGAAUCCAAGAACAACGAACUUCAGAAACAACUUGAAGAUUUCAAGAAACUUCUUGAUUCAAUUCCAACACAAGAAGACAAAUCAUCAGAUCUUGAAAAGGAGAUCAAGGAUACACAAUCCAAGAUCAAUGAUAAGAAGUCCAAGAAUGAGGAAAUAUCGAAUAAGAACAACGAACUUGAAGAACAAUUAACACAGUUGAGACAAGAGCUUGAAACACUUCCAACCGUUGAAGACAAGUUAUCCGAUCUUGAGAAUGAAAUCAAGAAUACAGAAUCUCAAAUCAAUGAUAAGAAUGAAAAGAACGAAGAAACAGACAAUAAAAAUAAAGAACUUGAACAACAGUUAGAAUCCAAGAAACAAGAACUUGAAUCCAUUCCAACAGUUGAAGACAAAUCAUCGGAACUUGAGAACGAACUCAAAUCUGUUGCAGAUUCUAUCAACGACAAGAAUUCCAAGAACGAAGAGACAGAUAAGAAGAACAAAGAACUUGAAUCACAAAUUGAAUCCAAGAAACAAGAACUUGAAUCAAUUCCAGUUGUUGAAGACAAUAGUGAUUCCCUUUCUAACGAACUGAAAUCAGUUGAAGAAUCUAUCAAUAAUAAGAAGUCAAAGAACGACGAAACCGAUAAGAAGAACAAGGAACUCGAACAUCAAAUUGAAAACAAGAAACAAGAACUUGAAUCAAUUCCAGUUGUUGAAGAUAAAUCACCUGAACUUGAAAACGAACUCCAAUCCAUCGAGUCUUUCAUCAAUGAUAAGAAUGAAAAGAACGAAGAAACAGACAAUAAAAAUAAAGAACUUGAACAACAGUUAGAAUCCAAGAAACAAGAACUUGAAUCCAUUCCAACAGUUGAAGACAAGUCAUCGGAACUUGAGAACGAGAUUCAAUCAGCAGAAGAAUCAAUCAAAGAUAAGAUAUCUAAGAACGAAGAUAUUGAUAACAAGAACAAAGAACUCGAAGAGAAGGUCGCACAGAAACGAGAAGAACUCGAAUCAAUCCCAACAGCUGAAUCUAAGUCAGCCGAAGUUGCAGAACCAUCACAAGAAGAACAAGAACAAGCAUCAACCACAGUUUCAAGUCCAUCAUCAAUUAAGUCCGAAUUGAAUGAUAUUGCAGACUUAUUAUCUAAAGGUGAUCUUAGUCUGGAAGAAUUCAAUUCACGAGCCGAGAAACUUAUUUCACAACUUGAUGCUUCUAUUGUUAAUAGUGACGAUCCAACUACUAAAUCCGAACUUAUUGAAGCUCACGAACAACUUAAUGACAUUGUUGAAGAAUAUCUUCAUAACUACGCCUCUGCCGCCGCAGAAGAAGACGAACAAGAACAAGACAAUGACAAAGAAGAAAUCAUUGAAGAACAAGAACAGAAACAAGAACCAUCUGAAUCUAAAGAUCUCAGUGAACUUGAACAACAGAUUCGUGAUCUUCUUGAACACCUUGCAUCUGGUGAUGAAGAUCCAGAAACACUUGUUUCCGUUUCUGAAGACAUCUUAUCCACACUUAACGAUAAGAUUGCCAAUAGUGACAAUGAAGAAGAUAAACGUAAAUACGAAGAUGCAUCCGCUCUUGUCAACAACGCCGUUGAACAAUAUCUUGCCUCCUUAGAAGAAGCAAAUGAAGAGGAAGAAGAAUUAGAAGAAGGCGAAACUGAAGAAUCAAAGCAAUCAAGAAGAAGAGGAAGAAGAAAAUAUGGAGUCUUACUAAACGACCUCCAAAAUUCGAUGUCUGAUCCAUCCACGAAGGAUGUUCCAGAAGAUGUCACUGAGUUGUUAGAUAACAUCACAGACAAAGAUAUCUACGAAGAAGAAAACGUAGAACAGAGCAUGCAAGGAUUCGCAAAUUUCCUCCUCAAUCAAAUGAAUGAACUAAAGGAACAAAACCCAGAGAUCGUAAAUUCUGCCUUAUAUAAGUUUGCUCAGAAACUCAAAUCCAAUGUAGUUACAAUCAAUGAUACAAUAUCAGGUGCUCAGGCUGUAAUUGCAGAAAUGGAAGGACAGGAACUUGAUGAGCAAAGCCAGCAAAUACUCCAAAGCAUGUACAAUUUGAUCGACGAAUGCAACAAGAUUAAGGAAGAAGCAGGAAUCGUCGAUGACCAAGAAUAUGAAGAAGAAUACGAAGAAGAAGAAUGA